AGAGACAUCUGCAGUGCAGACAACCUGCCAAGUGUCAAAGCUGAACUCAUUGCUGUACUGAGAAGAUCACAUGCCAAUCAGUGCUGAGGGAGGUGCAACGGCAUUUAAAAAGAGGGCUCGUUUGAUAAAUAUAAACCAUUUCCGACCGACUCCAGAUCACUGAGCACAGAGGGACACUCUAUACUGAGCAGCCGCUCUCCAUCCUGACUGCAGAUACGAUCACGCUGGUUUCUGGGUUAUACUUCCACAGAAAUACGAUGAGGAUGAGGAACUUAAUUCAGUCCCUUCUUCUUAUCAUUGUGCUUGUGUCAACUGUUGGUGCUCAGGAGGUGAUUUAUGCCAAGGUGGGAGAACGGGUUACCUUGGUGCCAAAGUCCAAUCAAAGACAAUAUGUGUACUGGUAUUUAAGAAACCAGAAUGGCCCUCAACUUGCCUGGCUCAACCACCUUGGUGGAAAGAGAAUUAGUGAAGAUGAAAAGUGGAAAAGCAGGCUGUCCUUACAAGAUGCCUCACUGGUCAUCAAUGAUAUCCAGCAAGAGUUCUUUGGGACUUUUGUGUGUAAAAUUACUUCAAGCGGAAAACCUGACUCCAUCACUGAGUAUAAAAUCAUUCAAAUCAUUGUGGAUGUGAAACCAGACACUCUUCUGCUGCAUGGUGAUAUUCUGUCUCUGACCUGCAAUCUGGAAAGUACUCCUCAAGGUCAAAACAAACCCAACAUUUACUGGCUCAAUCCUCAGGGAGCGAGAGAACGCAAUAACCAAGGAAAAGUCAAUGUUCCCGCCACAAGUGACCACAAUGGCCAGUGGUCUUGUGUUGUGAAAGAUAAUAACAAUGAAAAGAAGGUCCACGUUCCUGUUGGAGUUGUGGGCUUCAACCCUGUGAGUUCGCAUCAGUAUGCAGCUGCAGACACAUUAUUCACCAUCCCUUGUUCCAUUAAUUCUGGUGUUACCUGGGAACAAAUCCUAACAAAGGAGCUCGAGGAAGUUUGGUGGGACUUUGUCCCUAAACUGUCUUCAGGUGCCGUUUCUGUCGAUCGAGAGCGGCUCUUCAACUUCAAUGUGGAAAAAAGGAGCUUGACGCCAGUCCAUAAGAGAGGAAUGAAGUUUGCAGUGUCCAAUAAAAAAGAAAAUCUGUCUUUGACCAUAAAAAAGGGGAGCGUAGAAGACAGAGGAUGCUACAAUUGCUCAAUGAAAUUUAAAAAUGGCAGGACUCUGAGUAACACAGUAGACUUAGACGUGUUGCAAAUCACCUCCCAGCCAGGAAAAGAGUUAAUCUACGGUCAGCAGGUCAAUCUGUCCUGCAGUACUGGUGAUCCACUGCCUAAUGAUGUGAUGUUAAAUUGGACUAAACCUGAGACAUCGUCCCGUUAUGUCCAAUACCCCACCCAUAUUACCAUCCCGGAAGUGAGAAAAGGAGAUAGCGGAAAGUGGAGGUGUGAACUGUGGCAGCGUGGCAAAAGGCUGACGUCAGCUGAGAUACUGCUUAAGACUGAACCCCGACUAAGCGUGUGGAUGCUGGUGAUCAUUUGCAGUGCGGCAGUCAUCCUUCUCCUCCUCCUGGUGCUUGUUUUCAUCCACUACCGACGCAGAAAAAGGAUGAGACUCCUCAGGCAUCGACUCUGCCAAUGCAAAAACCCCAAGCCAAAAGGAUUUUACAGAACGUAAAAGCUGCCAGACUGGACCUUUAAGAGCAAACAGCAACACAUUGAAUUUCUGAGAUGAUCAAAUUGUGUCUGUGACCCUCGGUACAAAGAGUAUGAAGAGCUGCGGAUUGGCAGCUCUUCAUAUCAGCCAAUCUGCAUUGGUUUCAUAA